AUGAGAAGUACGCGGUAACAAAAAAGCAUGAGCUCUUAAAAAGCAAAAUCUAAGUCAGCUAUUAGAAAAAGAAAAGAUGAAGAACUUUCAGAGGAAGAAACAAAGUAAUCGCAGAAACUGACCAGAAGUAGGAGCAACAUCAAAAUGAACAAGAGUUAGAUUUCAGCCCACACAUAAGUAGUCUACUCUAAAGGAUAGUAUGUAGCAUUCGUAGACCCAUCAUCAACCAAUAAGUUCAAGAUUGGUCAUGAAGAUGAUGAAGUCGUGAUUGAUAUCUACAAUGAAGUGGCGGCAUUGACAUUUCAAAAAGAGUCAUCAAGGUAGCCAGUCCCUGAAUACACUCUAAUCUGUGACCUUUAAGUUGUUGUUGAAAAGUCUAAUAAGAAAGGAUAGAAGACUACUCUCAAAAUCAACAAGCAGCAAUAUAACAAAGCCAAUAAGCACAUGGAUUAAGUGGUAUAAAGAAUCGAAUAAGAGAGAAGUGAUGCUGAAGAAGAUGAUGAUGAAGACGAUGAUGAGGAGGAGGAAGAAGAAGAGGAAAGUGAUAACGAAGGAGAGAAAGAAGAAGAUGAGGCCAUGAUGAAAAAAGAUAGUAAAGAAGCCAUCUUAAAGAGAAGGAUAGUCAAGCCUAUAUUACCCAACAACAAGACUCUAGACAAUAAGAAGAUAGUGGCAGCAAAAACAAAACCCCCUACUAAAGCCCCAACCAAGUCAGCAUCACCAAAAAAGAAAGCGGUCUAAAGGGCAUCUAGAUCUUAGUCAAAGCUCUCAAGAAAGUCUGUUAAGUCCUAAAAAGUAGAUGAUGAAGAUAUGGAGUCAGAGAAGGAAUAAGAAAUUGAGUCUGAAGUUGUUAUGAUUGAUACUUCAUCUAAAUAGAAGAGAAAAAGAUCUACUGCAGCUAAACCUAAGAAGGUUCCAGAACUUCCUUAAGUUGGCUAAAAGAGGAGAAGAAAUACUAAGAAACUUGAUCUCGAAGAAAGUCACGAGUCUGAAUUCGUAGGAUAGAGCUAAGAUGUAGACGAUGAGGAUGACGAUGGAGAUGAUGAGGGUGCAUCCUAACCUGUUAAAAAGAGAAAAAUGGCUGGAGGGAAAGAGAAGAUUGUCAAGCCAAAGAAAGUCGUAAGAAGGCCUACUGAGUUUAAAAAGGGCAAAUGGAAUCCUGAUAUUGAACUCAUUAAAUUGGAUAGAUAUCUUGAAAGCCCAUCAAAUGAUCUCUUUUUAGAAUGCUGCGUAAGAUGUAAUAACAAGAACGUGAUUAGAGCAGUGAUGUCUGAUAAUGAGAAUCUAUUGAAAAAAUGCAUAAAUGAGAAAAAGAAAAUCUCUUCAUUGACUUCAUAUUGGAGCUCAGAAGGUACCUUCAAUGCUAUUGACCUAAUGGUCAGCAAGAAUCAGCAUAAUAUGCUAGAGAUAAUGCUCCAUCCAAAAGUUGUUAUUCCUAAGCAUUCUACAUACGAACAAGCAAGAGAUGCUGAUUUUGUCAAUAGAGCAAAUAAUCCAUAGUACCUCAUGAAUUUUGUUGAUUCAGGUAUGGUAGGUCACAUGGCUUAUGGUACAAGAGUUAGAAAGGUGCAAAUGACCAGAGGUAAUAGAUAGGGUAACAAUGCUUUUCUUGAAUAUUAAGAUAAUCCAAACAGAAUCCCUGUGUACUAAUGCAAUGAGGAAAAAUUCCUAAUGAGAAUGGUCUACAAUCAUGAUGUCGAUUAUGAAACAAUCAAGUAGGUGAUCAAACUCAACCCAAACACUGAGGCUAUGUUCUAGACAUAUGCUUACCAUGCAGUCAGAGCAGGUAAUUACAAAGUCUCAUAUGAAUUGAUUAAGAACAUGGCUAAGUAUCCAAACUUCGGUUUUAAUCAACUACAUGUCGAUGUGCUGUCUAAAGAUGCAGUCCUUGAUAAGAUACUUAAAGUCUCAGUAAUAAAGAAAGCUAAUACAUGCAAAGAUAUCACUCCAUUAUUUUGUGCAUGCAUCAAUCCCAAUCCUAAAUUCCUAGAACAACUCUUGGAAGUUGGACCAGAUACUCAGAUAUUUGAUUAAGAUUUAAGAAGAGCCACUCAUUAUGCAGCUGCUUGCGUCACUCCUGAUAAUCUUGAAAUCCUUAUCAAAGCUGGUUUGUCCCUGCUCGAUGUAGAUAAUCAAAAAAUGACUCCUAUGCAUAUUGCAGCAAUGAUGGGAAGAGAUUAAAAUGUUAAAAUCAUUGGAGCAGCUUGCCCAAGACUGAUCAACUAAAAGGAUAAGAAAGGGAUGACUCCAAUGGCUUAUGCUUGCAAAUACGGCAAAACUGAAGUAGUCAAAGUACUUUUUGAACUCAAAGUUAGACCUACUGGCUGCGGAUCUCUGAGAAUGACUCCUCUAAUUUGGGCAGCAGCCUAUGGUCACUUUGAUCUUUGUGAAUAUCUUGUUGAAGCCAAACCAAGAAUGACCUUGAGUAAAGAUAAAUUCAAGAGGACAGCUCUGAUCCUAGCUGUUAGAAAUGGUUAUACAAAGAUUGCUUCACUACUCCUUCAAAGAGGCUCAGAAUGGUACCAUUAAGAUUCUUCAUUCAACACACCUCUUCAUUAUGCUGCAGCAUAUGGCUGGAUUGACUGCAUUAAUCUCCUUUUGAAAGCAGGAGCAGAUGUAAACUCUUAAAAUUCUUGGAAAAUCUCACCAAUCAAUAUUGCUAUGUUGAAAAACCAUCAAGGCUGUGUUAAGAGAUUGCUUGAAGAGCCGAAGGUAGAUGUAAACGGAAAGGACGAUAAAGGCAGGACUUUAAUCAUGCUCUCAAUAUUCUAUCUUGAUGAUGAAUCAGAAGAAUUCGUUGAAUAUCUCUUGAAGAAGGGAGCUGAUCCAAAUAUUGCCGAUCUUGAUGGCUUGACAUCUCUGCACUACAUCGCUAAGUAUGUCCCCAGACAAACCAAUGAACAAGGUGUUAAAGAUAAGCAGCUCUAUCUUAGACAGAUUGAGAUCUAGAAGAAAAUUACUUAGAUACUAAUUCAGUAUGGAGCUGAUCUUACAAUCAAGGAUAACCAGAAGAGAACACCUUUCACAAUAUGCCUUGAUGCUGAUAAUGCUCCUUUACUUGAAUUCUUAAAGGACAAGGUCUCAAUAAAUAAGGAACCUGAUCUAUUUUUUUCUUUCAAGAACAAAAUCUUUAAUGUCCACUAUCAAAAAAUUCUCGAAAGACUAAUCCUUAAUGAUCCUCCUACCAAAGAAACUAUCAAUUACUUAGAUGAUGAGGGUCUUACACCUUUCUUGAGAUAUAUAAAGCAAUUUGCAGAUCAAUAUGCUGCACUUUUUACUGAUAUUUAAAAUAGAAUUAACCAGCAAUCUUUCCUUCAUGGAGCGAAUACGAGGUAAUACAAACUGACAAAUGAGGAUCUCUUUGAUAAAUUCGCUGAUCAGACAAACUUCUACACUUACAACCAUGCUAUUGAUCAAGAGAUGAAAAAUAAUCUAACGAGGAAAUAUCUAGACGAGAUCAUUGUCGAGCCCUUUAUUAGAGUGCUUUAGUUCUUAAUCAGCUAAGGAGCUGAUGAGACCAUGCUUGUUUAAAAAUUAAAGAAAUACAGAGAUAUUGAACUGCAAAAGAAUAAUAUGUUUGCCCAACUUGCUAAUGGGGAAGAUGUUAAGAUUAACAAAGAGGAGGAAGAAAAAGUUCUUAGAAGAGAGGAGAAAAUGAAAAAAAUUAAAAGUUCAUAUGGCGGUAAAUCCCUUCCAACUAGAACCAAAUUCACAGGUGGAUUACCAUAGCCUGGAUUUCCAGGAAACUAGAAUGAAAAUGAGAAGUCUGAUGUUUAUGAUAAGAUAGAUGGAAAGAAGGUUCUCAGAGAAUAUGGUUAAAAUGGAAAGAGAAAUGCUAUUCAUUUAAUUAUCAAAACCCCUCAAUAGAGGUUGCUAGAUUACUUGCUGAAAUUGAAAAUUGAUCCUGACCAACCUGAUUAUGACGAAAUCACAGCAUUCAACUUAAUGAGUAGAAAUGACAACAAUAAAGCAGAUACAAUGUGGAAAGAAGCUUUCGAUAAAUUACUUGAUUUGGAAGUUAGAAUAGACUAUCCAGAUAAAAAUGGCAGGACCCCAUUCCUCAACUUUUAUGAUCAGCAGCAAUUAGAACUAUCCUUCAGAAUGCUAGCAAUGGGUGCAAAUGUCAACCAAAUGGAUACUAGUGGAUUAUUUGCAUUAAAAUAUGCUCUUAUUAGAAGAUAAAACAAUAGUAUUGAAGAAUUACUAGGUAAAGGUGCAAAUAUAAACUAAAUAGAUAACAAAGGCAGAAAUCUUCUUCAUCAUGCAAUCAACAUGUCAAGUGCCACAGCUGAUGCUACUUUCGAAACAGAGUAAUUCCUUAUUGACAGAGGUGUAGAUAUCAACUUGAGGGAUGAAAAAUUGAGAACUCCAUUACAUUAUGCUUUUGUGAAGAUUUCAGAUUGGUCUAAUUCACAGCAAAUUGAUCCAAUUGAAACAGUCAGUAGCAUUUGUGGAUGCAAAGGAUUAGAGCUUGACUUACCUGAUAAAUGGCAAAAAACUCCACUUCACUAUGCGUCACAAAGAGGUGCCUCAAUCUGCGCUAUGUAUUUGAUUUAAAGAGGAGCUAACAUGGAGAAAAAAGAUAUCUACGGAAAUACACCAUUAGGAGUAGGUUUGACAAAGAGACAUUACAACUAUGGUAUAAUUCUAAUCUAAAAAUAGGCUUCAGUGCUACCUUUAGUUCAUAAAGAAGAUCCAGAUAGAAUUAAAAAGAUGUGGGAAGAAGAAGAAAAAUAGAAAAAGUUACUCUAUAAAAUACAAAAGAAAGGAUCAAAAGGUGACUAAGAAAUGGAAGAUGAGGAAGAUGCUGAAUCAAAACAGAAAACUGCAAAGAAAAAGAAGCACAGAGAGUUAUUUAAGGCAAACAAGGUAGGUUAUUAUGAUGAAGAUCCUUAUGGUGAGGAAGAUGAUUACGAUGAUGAAUAUGAUGAAGAGGAUCAAUAUCAGGAAAAUGUUUUCAAUCAAUAGAAUGCAUUUGGAUAGCAAGUUUAUAAGCCAGCAAGAAAGAAGGCUACUGCUGCAUAUAACCCAUAUGCCUUUGGUGGUGCUGGAGGUUUUGGUAUGGGUGGUUUUAAUUAAUUUGGAGGAUAUUAAAAUAAUGUUGCCCCUGCAUAGACAGGAGAUCUUGUAGUUGAAACAGAUAAAGAGGGUGUUUCCAUGUUUAAAUUGGCUAUUAGGGGUGCUCAGCAAGGUCUUGCAUAUUUAAUGCUUGAUAAUGGAUAUGAUUUGAUGCAUGCAAUGCAAGAUGCAAUGGACGAGAAAAAGUUUAUGCUUGUCCUCACACUAUUAUCAAAGAACCCUGAUGAUGAGGUAAUCUAAUCUAAGAACAGCAAAGGUUAGAAUUUAUUCCAUAUCCUAUCAAUGAAUGCUUCAAGUUGCAAUCUAGAUCACUUAAAGAGAAUUUACGACACACUCCUUAAGAGAGGCGUAGAUGUCAGAGCUAAAGAUAACUUUGGUAGAAAUGCACUUCAUUAUGCAGUUAUUGGUUAAUCUUUUGCCCUUGUUAAUAUGCUCUUAUCAUAAUAAAAUGCUUACAAUCCAAAUGAAGUUGACAAUGAAGGAUUUACACCCUUAGCACUUUGCUUGAAAGGAGCUUAGUCAUCUAAUCUUUUCUAUCAUAUUGGCCAAAUGGUCUUGGUAGACAACAUCUUUAUGGUGCUUGUUAAAAAUGGUGCAGAUGUAAAUAUUGUAUACCCUGAAGAUUCUUACAAACCAGGACUUAGAGAAGAGGAUGUAGACGAAUAAUACAACACUAAAGGAUUAUAUUACUGCUCGCCAUUAAUUAAUUUGAUCAGACAAAAUCCAAAGAAUGAGGUUAUGAGAUAAAACUUAAUUGGUCUGAUUGAAUAUGGUGCUAAAUUGGACGUCCUAGAUAGUGAUGGAAGAGAUCCAAUAAUGCAUGCAAUUAUUACCAAUAAUACCAUGGUAGUGAAGAUUGUGUUAGAAAAUAAAAAGGCGCUCUAAGUUAAUACAAAGUGUCAAGAUAAAGCAGGAAAGAGUGCAGUUCACUAUGUAGUCAAUCCUCUUAGAUAUGGUUCAUUUGAAAAUUUAGAGAUUCUUGGACUUCUUCAUAAAUAUGGAUUUGAUUUCUUCCUGAAAGAUUCUCACAACAGAUCACCAGCUACUUAUGCUUCUGAGCAAGAAAGUGGAGUUCUAUUGAAAGAACUUGCCAAGCUUAGUGGAUAGGAGUAAUAACUCAAUACCUUCAGGAGAUAAAUUUCAGCAGUUGACACCUAAAGAUGGCCUGAAAUGAAGGUUGACUUUGAGAACGAUGCUGAUUAAUAUAUGGAUAUGGCUCAUGACAGAGAGAAAAAGCUAGCCAAAGAAAAAGAGUUUAGAGUUCCAGUUGAUAAAACUGGAAAAUUUGAAAAAUCAUAUGAAGUGUUUUAUGAUGAUGAAGAUCAUCCCUGGGAUUGCUAUUUGACAAAAGUAGAUCUUAGGAAUGGAAUUUAUGGUGACUAUGUCUUCUAUAAGAUGUAACUACUCCAUGACACUAACAGAGAUCUGUAUGUUGUGUUUACUAGAUAUGGUAGAAUUGGAGAACCUGGCAUGAAUCAGAGAACUCCAUUUAACAGCUUAGAUGAAGCCAAACAAGACUACAAGAAAAUAUUCAAGCAAAAGACUGGAGGUAAUAACUUUGAUGAGCUUGAUAAAUUCUCAAGAGUUAAGAAGAAGUACAAUAUCACUAGAGUAAAUUAUAUCACAGUGAACUAUUAAGACUAUCUGCAACCAUUUGACUAUGAUAAAUGUCCAAAAUCAAAACUUGGGUCUGAGACUUUUGAUUUGUUCGAAGAGAUUUCAAAUGUAACAAUGUAUCAAAAAGCGAUGACUCAGUUCGGUCUCGAUUCUGAUAUCCUACCUUUCAGUGCUGUUAAGAAAGAAUCUCUCGUAGAAGCUAGGUAAAUACUUAUGGAAAUUUAAGAAGCAUUGAAUGAAGAUGUUUAACUAUCAAAAGAAGGAAUAAAGGCUGAUUUCGAUGCCCUCUAAGCAAUUAAAGAAAAGAUAUGUGAACUAUCAUCCAGAUAUUAUGAACUAAUUCCACUUGAAAGAUAUAAAAAUUAGAUAGCUCCUCCACUUAACAAUCAACACUUAAUUAAGUAACAAUAUGAUACCAUAGAAGGUUUAACAAAUAUUGAAUUCGCCUCAAAGAUGCUACUUGGUGCACUAUUUAGACAACAGGAGAUGAAUCCAGUUGACUAUGUUUACCAAGCACUUAACCUUUUAAUUGAGCCACUUAGCAUUGAUAGUGGCGAAUUUGAAAUAAUUAAGUAGUACAUUGACAAUACUAGAACAGUAAAUAAUAAUUAUAGUGCUGACAACUAUGAAAUUUCAAACAUUUUCAAGCUUCAGAGGAAAGGUGAAGCUGAAAUGAUUUAGGCUUACAAGGAUGUUCCAAAUCACUUCUUGUUGUUCCAUGGUAGUGCUAUGUUCAACUUCUUGGGUAUCUUAAGUCAAGGUUUGAGAAUAGCUCCACCUGAAGCUCCCCCUACUGGCUACAUGUUCGGUAAAGGUGUUUACUUUGCUGACAUGUUCGACAAGAGUUUCGCUUAUGCUUCAAGAGGAUACAAUUAGCAAGAUAGUUACCUUAUGCUAAUGUGUGAAGUUGCUCUCGGUAAAUCUAAGGAACUUCAUUAGGCUGAAUAUAUUGAAAAGCUUGAGCACCCUUACAGCAGUGUUAAAGGGUGUGGUAGAACUGGUCCAGGAUACAAGCACACUGUUAUUUGUCCAAACGGUAUUAAAAUACCAUUAGGAAAAGUCAUUGAUUAUCAUGAAAAUGAUUUACAUAAGAGACAAUAACUCAUGUUACAACAUAAUGAGUACAUUGUCUACAAUACUUCUCAGAUUAGAAUGAGAUAUGUUGUCUAGAUUUCAAAGAAGCAACCAAAGAAGAAAUGA